GAUGGACCUUCCGGUCAUCAUGCUCUCUGUGAAUGGUGAGACCAAAACUGUAAUGAAAGGCAUAACUCAUGGUGCUUGUGACUACUUGCUCAAACCAGUUUGGAUUGAGGAGCUCAAGAAUAUAUGGCAGCAUGUUGUAAGGAGAAGGAAGUUAUCACACAAAGAGUAUAGCCAUUUUGAUGAUGGGGAAGAAUCAGACAAGCACCAAAUCGUUAGUAAAGAAUCUGCUGACGGUCUGUACAUGAAUAGCUCGCCCAAUUGCAAUGAAAAGUUUAUAAGGAAGAGGAAGGACCAGAAUGACGAAGGCGAUGACAACUCUGAGGAGAAUAUCCAGGAGACUGAUGAUACAACUACUCAAAAAAGCCAAGGGGAUGGAGGUCGCGUUCGGGAAAGUCGCGGGAGGGAGGUCGUCGAGGACGCCGGCGACACAGCAGGGAAGUCGUCGGAGGCCGGCGAUGCAGCAGAGAGGUCGCUGAAGGGAGGGCGCAGGAUGUCGCUGGAGACGACGUUGGAGGAGGAAGCCGCAAGAUGUCGCUGGAGACCAAGGGAGGGAGGCAGCGAGAGGGAGGAGGGAGGCGAUGGUGGAGGUCGAGGGAGGUGUGGUCCAGGGGCGGACCAGGGAAAGGCGGUCCAGAAGAUCUAG